GAUGUUAAUGCUGACCAUAAUACACUUCAUAACGCUCCCAGUACUCACAUCCAAGCUAGUGAGAGGUGAUACAAACAUGGACGAGAAACCGCCGCAACCAAUGAUAAGCUCUCGAGUGGUCCGGACUAAAUAUGGAGAUAUAAGAGGUUUUAUAGUCACACCAGAAUCAAGAUAUUUAGAACCAGUUGAAGUAUUUAGAGGUGUGCCUUAUGCGUCACCUCCAGUUGGAUCUUUGAGGUUUAUGCCACCAGUUUCUGGGGCCCAAUGGUCGGGGGUCAAAAUAGCCGAAGAGUUUAGUCCAGUAUGUCCGCAGGUGUUGCCAGAUAUAAGAAACGAAACGGCUGUUCUGAAGAGGAUAUCGAAAGGAAGAUUGGAAUAUUUGAAAAGGAUCUUGCCUUUUCUCACAAACCAAUCGGAGGAUUGUCUUUAUUUAAAUAUUUAUGCACCAGCACAAGCGGGCGUGCGGGACGCGAUCGCAAGAUACCCAGUCUUGGUAUUCGUCCAUGGAGAAUCCUACGAGUGGAGUUCAGGAAACCCAUACGAUGGUACCGUCCUAGCGUCCCACGCUGGAUUGGUUGUGGUCACCAUAAACUAUAGACUUGGGAUACUUGGUUUCCUCAAUCCCCGGUCAGACGACUACCCUCGCUCCCCUGCCAACUACGGCCUCAUGGAUCAGAUAGCAGCCUUGCACUGGAUCAAAGAAAAUGUUGCUGUUUUUGGCGGUGACCCGACUAAUGUGACCCUCAUGGGUCAUGGUACCGGCGCUGCUUGCGUACACUUCUUGCUGACCUCGCUGGCCGUGCCUGAAGGUCUACUGUUCCAUAGGGCGAUUCUCAUGUCAGGGUCAGGGCUGAGCCCCUGGUCUUUAGUAGCGGAUCCCAAUAAGUAUGCUGCGUUAGUGGCCACUCACGCAAACUGUUCACCAGAACUGACGCCUCCAGCGCUUCUGCGCUGUCUCCGUGAGCGCUCGCUCAAAGAGCUUCUCUCAGCACCGGUGCAAGCACCCGACUUCGCUUACGCUUUCGGUCCGAGCGUUGAUGGUGUUGUUAUAGAUACAGGUGACCUGCUCAUCAACCCAGAGAACGGAUACGAGUGGGGGGGGCAGACUGUCGCGCGGCUGCCCAUAGGGAAGGAAGGCCAGAACGCCAUCAACAUCAUCAACGCUGUGCUGAUGAGGAAGAGUGCUGUUGCUCAGCUCACCAAGUACGACCUCAUGCUGGGAGUGACGAAGGCCGAAGCCUACUUCUCAUUUAACGGAGAUGACGUGCAGUACGGCAUAGAAGCGGACAGGAGGUCGAAGAUCCUGAAGUCUUUCGUCAGGAACACGUACAGUUAUCACCUGUCAGAAAUACUAGCUACAAUCAUCAACGAAUACACAGACUGGGAGAGACCGGUACAACAUCCAAUCAAUAUAAGGGAUGAAACUCUGGAAGCCCUGAGCGACGCCCAGGUGGUGGCGCCGAUGGUGUUAACAGCAGACACACACUCGGCUUUGAGAAGAAACUCCUACUUGUACGUAUUCGACUAUCAGAGCAAGUUCGGAGACUAUCCUCAGCGCCAAGGCUGCAUUCACGGCGAGGAGCUGCCGUACAUCUUUGGAGCCCCCCUGGUGGGGGGCCUGGCCCAUUUCCCGCGCAACUACACCAAAUCCGAAGUAGCAUUGUCGGAGUCCGUCAUGCUGUACUGGGGGAAUUUCGCUAAGACUGGCAAUCCGAAUGAGGCCCAAGAAAGCGACCCCAUCAGAGCUGGGCGGCAAGAACGAGUGCGAUUGAAGAACAUGGAGUGGACGGCGUACGAAGCGGUCCACAAGAAGUAUCUGAACAUCGACACGAAGUCCAAACUGAAGAACCAUUACAGAGCUCAUAGGCUCUCAUUCUGGCUCAAUUUAGUGCCAGAUCUUCAUCGGCCCGGUGGUGAUGACGUACCACCGUCUCAUCACCAAAUAGACACCGAGGAAGUUCCUAUACUGAACGUUGUGAAUAUAACAUCUCCAUUGAACUUCAACAUUAUUGGGCUUAAUUCACCAACACAAACUACCACAGGCACUGUAACACACAAACUAGAUGCGACAACCACAACGGCUCCUGAAGACGGAUUUGCAGCUUAUUCUACCGCAUUAAGCGUUACAAUAGCCAUUGGUUGCUCGUUACUCAUUCUAAACGUGCUCAUUUUUGCUGGAGUGUACUAUCAAAGAGAUAAAACAAGAAUGAACGGCCAAGAUGGUCCGAAUGGCGCGCAUUUGAAGAAAAGGGCCGAAAAUGGACAGAUGCCAAACAACAUUUGUGGUGAUUUAGAGGGCGCUCUGACUUAUCAAACAAGUUUGAAGAACGAUCCGGCCACAAUAUUGAGCCAUCAUCACACUCAUUCGCACCAUCAGUUACCUCCGCCGGAGUUUGCUGAUUUGCCCAGUAAUAACGUUGCGAGUAUGGCUACUUUACCAAGAGCACCACCUCCCCCGAAGAUUGGAAAGACUAAUAUAAAUACCUUAGCCAGCGGUCAGUUACAGGAAAAUCAGCCGCUGCUGUCAGCUCAUCAAAUGCAGAUGAUUAAUACUAAUACGUUGACGAAAAAGAACACGCAAUUGAACGCCAAGUCGAACGUGACGAUGGAGGAAUUGAGAGUGUGACGUCAGAGGGCAUGACUGCAGCGAGCCGGCAGUUGCAGCGACGUUGUCCACCACGACGAGAUCGUGUGACUUGGGCCGGACCUUCUCAAGUGUGUGACAGAUUACAUAUAAACAAUGAACGGACCACAGAGGCGGAGGCGGUGAAUUAAUCUUUUGCGUGUGUGAACUCUCUUGAGGAAAAAAUAGACUAAAAGUCCACCGUCUCUGUGUCUCUGAGUCGAGUGAUUCUGUGCCGCUUGAAAUUGGAAGGGAAUUAGUGACAAUCAUAUCCGUAUACUGAACAUUCGUGUGUAAUAUUAAUUCUUAAUAGAAAUUUGGUGUACAUGAUUGUAAAUAUAAUUUAUCGUUUGUACAUAGUUCAGCAGCUCAGCCGCAUAUCCAUCCUAAAUACAAUUAUUGUAAUCUCGAAGUUAGAUGAUUAUAAUGAAAAUAAUGUGAUGAAUAUAAUAUUAGUCUUAAUUUCAGUUUGUCUAUAAAUAAAAUUAAUUAUUUGUACCUACGGUUGUAAGAAGUUUAAAAAUUGAGUUUACACUAGUGAUCGCAAACUUUGCUACAGUAAAUAUUAAUUGGAAUUAAAAGUGAUUGAAUCACAUUGAUUUUAAAGAGGUUAUUGGAGUUUUUGACAGAUGACUGAAGUAAUUUGCGUAUUUAAACACUGUGAGUUAAAUUAAGAGUUCGAAUGAACAAAACACCAAUUUACCGCAAAUUUAUCAAGUUAGAAGCAAUAAAAGUUUCAUCGAAAUGGUAGUGACUCAAGUAUCUUCUGAUUGGUUGCUUUUGUAUUGAGAAACAGUUCACUAAUUAGAUCAAAAUUUUCAAGCCAAGUUGUUUUAUACACUUAAUUAACACCAAUAGUGUU